AUGGCCUUGGAAAAUAGGAAAAGGGAUUCUGAGAAGGUUUCUCAGAAGCAUAUUGCACAUAGAAAGUCCAUAGAUACAUUUAGGCAAAGGACUUCACGGUAUAGAGGCGUCAAAAGGCACAGAUGGAGAGGUAAAUAUGAAGGCCAUAUGUGGGACAACAAUUGCAGGAAAGAAGGUCUAAAAAGAAAAGAAAGGCAAGAAGAGACAACAUCGUCAUCUUCAAAACCUUUUUCCAGUUUAUCUAGAGAAAGGGGAGGAGCAGUCGGGAAGGGGGAAAGGGGACACGUGGCGAAUCUGAAGAGAAUCCAGGAAGCCCUAGACAAGCAAGUGGACCGAUCUAAUUCCUCAUCAUCUAAUGUCUUUGCGAGGGGAGGAAUCAACGGAAAGGAUCCCCGCGCUGCCUUCAAAUCGUCUACCCCGGAUAAUAUGGCGAAAUGCUCUGAUGCGGAAGUAUCCGAGGCAGACAGUGAGGAGUCAGAUGUAAGUGGGUCUGAUGGGGAUGACACUUGUUGGAUAUCAUGGUUUUGCAAUCUUCGUGGGAAUGAGUUCUUCUGUGAGGUUGACGAUGAUUACAUCCAAGAUGACUUUAACCUCUGCGGUUUAAGCAGUCAAAUUCCUUAUUAUGACUAUGCACUCGAUCUAAUUCUAGAUGUUGAAUCAUCAAUUGGUGAGUCAUUUACGGAGGAGCAGAAUGAAUUGAUUGAAUCUGCAGCUGAGAUGCUUUAUGGUCUAAUUCAUGUCCGUUACAUAAUAACAUCUAAAGGAUUGGCCGCUAUGCUAGAGAAGUACAAGAAUGCUGAGUUUGGGAGAUGCCCAAAAGUAUACUGUUGUGGACAACCCUGCCUACCUGUUGGUGAAUCGGACAUUCCUCGCCUAAGCACGGUGAAAAUAUAUUGUCCCAAGUGUGAAGAUAUUUAUACUCCUCGAUCCAGGUUCCAAGAGAGCGUUGAUGGAGCCUAUUUUGGAACGACAUUUCCCCACCUAUUUCUGAUGACUUAUGGACACGUCAGGCCACAGAAGUCUUCACAGAGCUAUGCUCCUAGAGUGUUCGGUUUCAAGGUCCACAAGCCAUGA